AGCGCUGGUAUUAUCGCCGCUAACCAACGGGCUCUUCAAGCGGGCGAUCAUGGAAUCUGCGGCCGAUUACCAUAACCAACCGACCGGUGGUGAACUCAACACUACCACCGCUCUCGCACAGGCCCACCAAAUGGCACGACAGUACAACUGUAACCCGGAUCAGCCUAAUUGGCUGGACUGCCUGCGCAAACUGGACGUCCAAAAGGUGGACAGCUAUGGGAUAACAUUGUACCCAUUGGACGGCACAGAGUUCCUGCCCCUUACGGCUCAAGAGGCGUUCAAACAGCUUAAGUAUAACACCGACGUCGACCUAAUGGCCGGUGUGUCCCGUAAUGAGGGCUCGUAUUUGUCACCGAAAGUGGAUAAGCAGUGGACGGAACAGGUGUUCGACGAGUUGUUACAGAACUCGCAGAACCAGUUCCACGGCUUAGACCUCAAAGCAGUCAAAGACUUCUAUUUCGGAAAAAUCCAGAAUAAGUCCGAUUCGGCUGCCAUUCGCUGGGCUUUCUAUGACUUCUAUGGGGACGUCCUAAUCACGUGCCCGACCUAUCUGUUCGCCAAACAACUGGCCAAACAGUCCGCCAAUAAGAAUGUCUACUUCUAUGAGCUCACGUACCAAAGCACCCGACAUUUAGGUGGGUGUGAUGAGCCCACUAUGGGUAUCUGUCACGGAUCGGAACUGGAGUUCGUGUUCGGUAUGGAUGUCCUCUAUUCCGAUAAGCCAUUGGAUGUGAACUUCAGUAAAGAAGUCAUGACUUAUUGGACUAAUUUCGCCAAAACCGGAGUGCCCACAAGUGACACAAAAUGGCCAAAACUGUCAGAUAAAGGGAUUGUAAAAGACUUGAAUCCACACGACUUCAGCAAAACUUUGAACCAACCAUUUAAAGCCACUUGCGAUGAAUCCGCAAAAACUCUACAGACAAUGUCUAAUCAAACCACUCGUACUCUACGCCAACAACUCCAGGAGCUUACAAACAAACCAAACGACAAUUUCUCAGUCGGUUUGCUCGACGACCAGGACAUCUUCAUAUGGGAAGUGACUAUCUAUGGCCCGAAGGGUACGGCAUACGAGGGCGGGCUGUUUAAAGCGCACCUAACUUUCCCCGAAGACUUUCCCAUAAGUCCGCCUAAAAUGCGAUUCAUAAGCGAUAUCUGGCAUCCAAACAUCUAUCACAACGGAAGUGUGUGUAUAUCAAUACUGGAUCAGCCGGGAGGGGAUGAUCACUCUGGUUAUGGACAGCCGUGCGAGAGAUGGCAUUCCCGAUAUACCGUGGAAGCGAUCAUAUUGUCGGUGAUGUGUAUGCUAUCGGAUCCCAACACAGAGUCGGUGGCCAAUGAGGAAGCGGCGGAAGAAUUUUGCGAAGACUUGGAGGCAUACAAACGCAGGAUUAAAAAGUUUGCGGAAAAGUCGUUUGACGAGUGAUACCUAACUGUCCAUUAGAUGGAAAGG